UUUACUAUACUACUAUGUUGCGUUAGCUUGUUACCGUUAGGUCUGUUAGCUGCCUGUUGUCCCGUUGUUGAUAAAUUACAAAUAGCACAUGGGUAUAUAAAGAAGUAUUUGGUUACUUUCUUGUCUGAAAUGUUUUUAAAAACUUACUAACAGCGAAAAUAUGGCUUUAUUUCACCAUCUAUUGUUUGUGGUUUCAGCCGUGUUAAGUUACUGCUGAUGAAGAAAGCAUUUCCUGCUGCUGCUGCUGCUGCUGCUCCAAAUUAAAAGGGUUCCAGUUAGGAACUAACAGAAAGCUUUUAUUCUGAAGAACUUACAGGAAAUGAAAUAUGUUUGAUGAAUCAGCGGUGUUACUAACAAAUUGUGCAGACAGGUAACGUUAAAGAAUAUGCAGCCACAGCUGACUUUAAAUAACACAACAGCUUUAAACAAAACAAUACUCCGACGAUUUGGGAGUUGUGCCCUUUCUCUAUCAUUUUCAUAUUGAGACAACAUGAUUGAUAUCUUUUUUUGUGUCUGUACGUCCAGUGGCUGGGUCUCAGCGGUUAGCAUGGCGCUUAGGGGGUCAAUACGUCCUGCGCUGUGAUCCGCGGAGGGAUACACCGGUGAGCAGGCACAGACGUAGCUUGUUAACAAAACUCAAUUGUUUAUUUAGCCUAGCGAGACGGAGGUCAGAGGAGGAUUGGUGGUGUAGCUGCGGGGCUUGCCAACCUGUGUCUACGGAGGUGGAAUCAUUUUACUGCACAGAAUGGGAUUCGGUGCUACCAUCGUUGGGGAAAUAUAUCAUCAGGAGGAAAGCCACCACAGAGAGUGCAUCACAAGGAGUGAAAACUUUGCAGCAGUCACUAAGAUUAACUGGAAAAAACGCCCAGGUCUGCAGGAGCAGAUGGACAGUUUUCAGUCAAGUGAACAUCCACCCUUGCAAAAAUUCUUGGACAGCUACACCACGUGACACCCCAGAAGCCAAUCCAUUACACCUCAGUGCAGGUACCAUAUGGAACACGAUGAUUUUUACACAUUAUUAUUUCUUUUUUCUUUAUGAAUAAUGGAGUGAACAGCUUUUGGACUCUACAGUUGACACUAGCUUGGACACUACAGUUGACUCCCUAGAAGCCUUUGUAGCCAUUACUCCUCAAAGCUUACUUGUUUUAUGGGAUUGCCAUGUAUUCUUUUCUUUUUUUUACUUGCUGUCACUAUGACACUUCAUUGUGGUAUCUGCGAGUUCACAAGUGCCUCAGUGUCUGCCUACUUAAAACAUUGCAGGACCCAUAGAAACAUUAGUCAGGCAGUUUUUCCUUGUGGUUUUCCAGAUUGUGGAAAAAGCUUUACCUCUUACAAUUCCUUUAAUGUGCACUUGACCAGAAAUCACCAUGAGGGGAGGAAACAGUCUUUUAAUCGUAACGUAUCUGUACAGUUGAAGUGUUCUUGGGAAUUUUGUGGCAAAGAGUGUGGAAGCAUAAAAGGUCUUGUAGCUCAUCUGAAGUGUCAUAUAAAAGAGGGUCUUGAAGUGACAUGUCCUUAUAGUGGAUGUGGAAAGACUUUCAAAAUCAUAUCUACUUUUACAUCUCAUUUGUCAAGAUGUCACAAGCAGUGUGAUGUUACACAUAUUUGUCAAAGUCAUAUCAGUGAGACAGAGUUUUUACAUGCUGAUUCUGAUAAUGGGCCAGGGUCAUACAUUGAUGGUGAAAUCCAGCAAGAUGAUGGAGAGAGUGCAGCAGGGCAGCAAGAUGGAGACACUCACCCAGGGUCAGCCGAGGAUAGAUACACUGAAAACAUGGCUCUUUUUUUUCUUGGCUUACAAGCCAAGUAUCUUGUCCCGGCAUCUACAGUCUCAAAGACUGCAAGUGAAAUGAGAGUGUUUCAGGACAUCCAGCAUGAGUUUACUAUGGAUAUGUUUUCAAGAGGUCUUCAAGAAUAUGGUGUACCUCAUGAGGCUUUACAAAAUCUAGGGCAACAUGUAUAUGAGCAAAGCCCAAUGCAGAGCACACUACAUACAAAUAAUGGCAGCUUAACCACACACCACAGAAGACUUCAGUAUUACAGGAAAGAGUUCAACUUAGUUGAACCUGUACAGAUAAAUUUAGGCCAAGAUGACAUCGGCAAGCAACAACAUUUCCAUUACGUUCCCAUCUUACAAAGCUUAAAAGCUCUCUUGUCAAAUCAAGGUGUACGGCAUCAAGUGCUACAUCCCAUACCUGCCAAUGAGAACAUGCUAUGUGAUAUUGGAGAUGGGCAUGUCAUUAAAUCAAUUAUUUUAUUUUUUUCCCUUAAUGUGGCUCGAAUACUCUUGUCUUAGUUUUGUACUACAGUUUUAAAGAAAACAAUAAUUUUAAAGAGAUCUGUAGUGUUCUCUAGACAGAUUUACUGUUCAAUAGUCAUUCAUCAGAUGUAGCAUCUGGCAGGAUUCAGACCUGUGUUUUUGUGUGUUUAUAUAGGUAGGCUUUUUAACCCUCUACACACAAAUGAUGAUUUAAGCUUCUGCUCAUUUGUAAAUGUUACAAUUUCACUGAUCCAUGUUUUCAAAUUAUCUUAAGUGGUAGUGUAGUACAGUUUUAAAGUAUUCCAUCUACAGUAUUUUCUUUUUUUAAUGUUCAAUUGCCAUUCUUCAAUUGACCUGUAAAUAUGUGUUCAUAGGCAGGCUAUUUUAUGUGCACUGCUUCUGUGAUGAUUUAUCUGAAAAAUAAACCAUUAAAUAACAGAUGGCUUCCUGUUUUUUUACUGUAGGAUAAAGACCAUUUAAUACCAGAUAAUGUCCUGUUUUUUCACUGUUUAAAUUACUGAAAUUAGAUUACGGACAAUGUUUUAUUUCACUAUAGAUACACCAUUUAAUAACAGAAAAUGACCCGUUUUCCACUAUAA